AUGUCCUUUUAUGAGGUCUUUUUUGACGCCAGAAUCAAAGGUGCUUUUGCUGUUGAUUCAGAUGUGUCAGUGAUGGAGGGAGAUACAGUGACGUUACACACUGGUGUUCAAAUGAACCAACAAGACAUAAUGAUAUGGUAUUUUGGAGAAGAUCGCCUAGCUAUAAUUAAUGAAGACAAACAGAAGAUCUGUGAAGAUGUUGAGUGUAAAGAGAGAUUCAGAGACAGACUGAAGCUGGACAAUCAGACUGGAUCUCUGACCAUCAUGAACAUCACAAUCACAGACUCUGGACUUUAUAAACUGAAGAACACCACCCUCAACACUGACAAUAUCUUUAGUGUUACUGUAGAUGGUGUUUCUGCUGCUGAACGAGAUGAAAUCAAGAGAAAGUCAGUGAAGGAGGGAGAAUCUGUUACUUUAGACACUCAUGUAAUAAAAAACUUAACUGAUGUGAUGAGAUGGUAUUUUAAUGACUCUCUCAUCGCUGAAAUCACUGGAGAUCAGCGUGAGAUCUGUUCAGAUGUUCAGUGUAAAGAGAGAUACAGAGACAGACUGAAGGUUAAUCAGACUGGAUCUCUGAUCAUCACAAACACAAGAAUCACAGACUCUGGAGAAUAUACACUACAGAUCAUCAGCAGCAGAUUCAGCAUCAUGAGGAGUUUCACUCUUACUGUCUCUGGUGAGUAUCAUCUCGUCAUUCAGUGCAUGUUCCCUUUUUAUUUUAGAAUACAGUUCAAUAUUUUUAGGGUCCACUAUAUUUUUAGGUCCACUAAAUGA